UGGUUUAAAUCAAUAUUUUAUUUUUGUCUUUGUUCUAUAUGUUAAAGAAAUUCCCAUUAAACAGAACUUACAUUGAGUAUAUAGUUGUGUGGAUACUUUAGAAGCUGUUAUUUGAAAUGCCAGGGUUUAAAAAUGGUUUUUGCAUCUGCUGUAAUGACUUUGGUAUAACUGUUAUUGCGUACUGUGCACCAGCAAUAAUAGUUGGUAAAAAUGCAGAACAAGUUGGGGAUAACUGCUUAAUUUACGGUUGCCUUGGCACAUCAUGUAUUGGGGUGUUUAUUCGUGCAAUGAUACGAGAAAAAAUUAGAAAGAAGUUCGGAAUUCCGGGCAGUUUGUGUAAAGAUUUAUGUUUACACUGGUAUUGCUGUUAUUGUUCUUUGAUUCAGGAAGCUCAUAUUUUGAGAUCAAAUGAUUGCAGCAAUGAAGUCCAUUCAAAUAUGCAUAUUGUACGAGAGUAAAAGUAAAGUCUCCAAUUAGAAUUAUUCGUUUUACCUUUGCUACAUGCGCUCUAAUAAAUUACAUUUUAAACUUG